AUGAGUUCUUCAAACAAUCAUAAUCCUCUUCAUCUCUUUCAUGAUGAUGAUUUCCAACCAUUUGAUGUUCAGUAUUCGAUGCCGUUGAAUGUUGUUCUUCCUCCCUUCGGUGGUGGUACUAUGAUUCAAUCCUCAAUCUCAUCCUCGUCCUCCGCCGCCGCCGGCGGCAGCAACUUCCUUAUGAAAGAACAAACUGGAGGAGGAAGCUAUGAUCUGAGUGAUCUAGAUGAUCACGGCCUUUUUCAUUACUUGGAUCAUGAUCAAGUACAUGCAAACCCUAAUUCCUCUAGGCAAAUCAUUCCUCAUGCUAACAAUCAGAUCAUGAAUACUUCAGAUCAGAUGAUGAUGAUGAUGCCUCCAUCCCUAAACAUUUCCCCAUCUUCUCAUAUGUAUGAUCAAUUAGUGGAUCCACCCUCAAACAUGGAUAAUAUGAUAAAUGAUGGGUUAGUUUCUCCUGCAACCACUGGUUCAAACCCCCAAACUGAUUCUUCUUCCCUUGAUCAAUCACCAACAAAAUCUAAGUCUGUCAUCAAGAAACAAAGCAAUCAGAAAGCAGGACCAUCUCUUAGAUCAGAGAAGGAAUCUCUAGAACCCAAGGUAUUGAGAAGACUUGCUCAAAACAGAGAGGCAGCAAGAAAAAGCAGGCUUAAGAAAAAGGUUUAUGUUCAGCAGCUAGAAUCUAGUAGAGUUAAGCUUACUCAGCUUGAACAAGAAUUACAAAGGGGUUUAUCUCAGGGAGGAGUUGGUGACCAAGCUGGUAAUAAUACUCUUUUUGGCAAGAAUAUUAACCCACAUGGUGGAGUCUUCAAUAUGGAAUAUGCGAGGUGGUUGCAUGAGCAGAACCGUCUUGUCGCUGAAGUUAAAGCUUUUAUCAAGCAAGACAAUGAUAAUGUUAUACCUGAUCAAAAACAGAUGAGGAUGGUUCUUGACAAAUGCAUGUUACACUAUGAAGCAUUACUUAGCCUCAAAGAUGCCAUGAUCAAAUUUGAUGUCUUUCAUUUGAUUUCUGGGGCUUGGAAAUUCCCCACAGAAAGAUCUUACAUGUGGAUUGGAGGUUUUCGUCCUUCUCAUCUCAUCAAGGUGAUAAUAAACUAUAACAUGGAGCCAUUUUGGGAUCAACCAAUAUUGGGAAUAUAUGAGUUGCAACAAAUGACACAAAAAUCCGAGCAAACUCUUAGUACCAGUUAUGAAAUGUUCAAUCUAUCGUUGUCGGAUACAAUUGGAAUGAAUUCUACUAACAACAUGACCUUGGCCAUCAACAAGCUGAGCACCAUUGAAGACUUUGUAAGACAGGCUGAACUCCUGAGAAAACAAACAAUCAACCGUCUUUACAACUUGUUGACGACUCAUCAGGCUGCAAGAUGCUUUGUUGCCAUUCAUGAUUAUUUUAAUCGACUUCGUGCUCUUGGCUCUAUCUGGAUGACAUGUCCCCGCACCAACAACGUUGCUAAAUGA